GCUACUCACCGGCACCGGCGGGCGGGCGCGGGGCCGCGUUCCGGCUCCAGGCGCGGCCAUGAGGCGGCUGUAGGGCCCCGGGACCCGCCGCCGCUCCGCUGCCUUCGGCCGCCGCGGGGGGCUCGGCGGGGCGCGGCUCUGCUCGGGGUGGAUGCCGGCCGGGGCCGGCCGCUGCCGGCACCAUGCACACCGUGCAGAAGGACACCACCUUCACCAAGAUCUUCGUCGGGGGGCUGCCCUACCACACCACCGACUCCUCCCUCAGGAAGUACUUCGAGGUCUUCGGGGACAUCGAGGAGGCGGUGGUGAUCACGGACCGGCAGACCGGCAAAUCCCGAGGAUACGGCUUUGUGACCAUGGCAGACAGAGCUGCUGCUGAAAGAGCUUGCAAAGACCCAAACCCCAUCAUUGACGGCAGGAAAGCAAAUGUGAACCUGGCGUAUUUGGGAGCAAAACCAAGGAGUAUUCAAACUGGUUUUACCAUAGGUGUGCAGCAGCUACAUCCAGCCUUCAUUCAGAGACCCUUUGGACUCACGCCUCACUAUGUUUACCCCCAAGCCAUCAUCCAGCCCAGCGUGGUGAUCCCCACCCCCGUGCAGUCCAUCACGUCUCCCUACAUCGACUACACGGCCGCCAGCCAAGCCUAUUCCCAGUACACCACAGCUGCCUACGACCAGUACCCCUACGCUGCCUCCCCGGCCGCCGGCUUCGUGGGAUACGGCUACACGGGCACGGUGCAGCCGCCCCUGAGCGCCGGCACGCCCGCGGCGCCCGCCGCCGCCUUCGUGCAGUACCAGCCGCAGCAGCUGCAGCCCGACCGCAUGCAGUGAGGGCCUCCCUGGACAAUCCCUCACCCUGCGAGGAUACGGCUAGGACAGCAAAAAAAAACAACUAUAAAAGAAUCAAAAAACAAACAAACAAAAAAAAAAUCACCCCGGCCCUUUAUCCCCCGUAUGUAGGUGCAUAUCGAUGCCUAAGCUAUUUAUAGUGUUGAGGGCGAACCCCCAAAUCCUUGCAGUCUGAUUGUGCUUAUGAAAGUGGACUUCUGGUAAGUUUUUUCUUUUUUUCCCUUUUUUUUUUUUUGUUCCCUUCCAUCUGGACAGAUACUGUCUUGAAGAUGUUCUAAAAGCGGCUGAAAUGUUUCACAGGAAAACGACAGAUUCUUGCUGCUUCCAUCACCUGUGGUCUUCUUUCUGCCCCCUUCCCCGUCAGCCCUUCCUUCCUCAUCCAGCCUACAAUCCUCUUAUUUACUGGUGAGGUACAGAGGUACUUGGAGAACAUGGAAAAAAAGCAAUCUUAUUUUUUGGUUGUACAAAAACUUUGUAAUACUCAGAGAUGCCUUACAGAAAAAAAAAAAAAAGCAAAAGAAAAACUAUUUUUUAAUAUUUAUUGCGAUUUUAUUCGCAUGAGCUGUGAAUUGCAGACAGAAGAAUAGUAGUAAGUAUCUGCCUUGUUUAAUUCUCAUUUUACUAAAUUAUUGUAUGUAGGUAAAAGUUCUUAAGUAAUUGCUGAAUCACUUCAACAUGCAAAAGGGAAUAUUGGCUUGAAGGAGAGCAGAAUAUUCCUUUAGUCAACGCACUGUACUAUUUUCUUAUUGUAAUUGUUACUCUGUUAAGAUUAUCUCAAAUUUAGGUAUAUUUUUAAAUGCAAAAAACCAACCAAGAAUACUGAACAUUUUGUCUACUUUGGUAGAUCUUUUGUUACAAUGCUGCAACCUAUGGAGACAUUUACAGUAUUUAUGUAAAAGAGAUUUGGGGCUGUUGGCCAGCAAGGUUUAGGAGAAUAUCGUGAGUGGAGCAAUAGAGAAAAAGGUGUUAUGUCACUGAACAAAUGGGUAAAUGUAACCUUUUCAUGCCUGUAAUCCAACAGCCAAAUAAAGGAAGAGAACAGGCGAUGUAAGUGCAUUUCUACAAAGACAGCAAUAAACUAUUUUAACUUUUAAGAUUA